AUGGUGCGCCCGGUGGCAGCGACGACGACGGCGGCGGCGGCGGCGGCGGCGGCUUCCUCGGCGGAGCGCACUCCCACCACCCCGGUGGCGCCCACCGCCCUCUCCACGGCCACUGACAGGGCGCCGACCACCCCGGUAGCGACCACCGUUUUGGCGCCGACCACUCCCCGGACCCCGAUCGCCGUCCUCCCCAGCAGCAGCAGCAGCAGCAGCAGCAGCAACAGCAGCAGCAGCCGCCGCGUCCCGCCCACCCCACCUGCCACCGAGCCCCCCUCCUCUCCUCCCCCAGAUUAUAUGUGUAACUGCUCAAGGGUUGGAAGCCUGGAUGUGAAACGCUGCAAUCAGACCACAGGGCAGUGUGAGUGUAAAUCAGGUUAUGAGGGUCUUCACUGUGAAGCCUGUGAAAAGGGCUUUUACCUGAAUCACACUUCUGGCCUCUGCCUGCCAUGUCACUGUAGUCCCCAUGGAGCCCUCAGCAUCCUUUGCAACAGUUCUGGAAAUUGCCAGUGCAGAGUGGGUAUCACCGGCUCUACGUGUAACAGAUGCCAAGAUGGAUAUUAUGGGUUUAGUAAGAAUGGCUGCUUGCCCUGCCAUUGCAAUAAUCGGUCUGCCAGCUGUGAUGCUCUUACAGGUGCUUGUUUAAACUGCCAGAAAAAUAGCAAAGGGGAUCACUGUGAAGAAUGCAAAGAAGGAUUUUACCAGAGUCCUGAUGUCACUAAAGGAUGUCUUCGCUGCCCUUGUUCAGCAGUGACAUCUACAGGCAAUUGCACAAUAAAAUUGGAUGAAUUGGAACCUACAUGUGUCCAGUGUAAAGAUGGUUACACAGGCAAGAACUGCAAUACAUGUGGAAAUGGCUAUUACAAUUCCGACAGCAUCUGUAUGCCAUGCCAGUGUCAUGGCCAUGUGGAUUCAAUUAAAACUCCAAAGAUUUGUAAGCCUGAGAGUGGUGAGUGCAUCAACUGCCUUCACAACACCACUGGGUUCUGGUGUGAGAACUGCCUGGAAGGUUAUGUUCGAGAUCUCCAGAGAAACUGCAUUAAGAAAGAAGUUAUUGUUCCAACACCUGAAGGUUCUACCAUUUUGGUUUCCAAUGCCUCUUUGACCACAUCAGUGCCCACCCCUGUUAUAAAUAUUACCUUUACCCCCACAACCCUGCAGACUACCUUUUCAGUAAGCUCCUCUGAAAACAGCACUUCAGCCUUAGCUGAUGUAUCAUGGACCCAAUUUAACAUCAUCAUUUUGACAGUCAUCAUCAUUGUGGUGGUGCUGCUGAUGGGAUUUGUGGGGGCGGUAUACAUGUACCGUGAGUACCAGAACAGGAAGCUCAAUGCCCCCUUUUGGACCAUCGAGCUGAAAGAAGACAAUAUCAGUUUCAGCAGCUACCAUGACAGCAUUCCCAAUGCAGAUGUGUCGGGAUUGUUGGAAGAUGAUGGCAAUGAAGUGGCUCCCAAUGGGCAACUGACCCUGACGACACCCAUACAUAACUACAAAGCCUAAGGAGGUAGAGCUGUUCUCCUGGGUUGUUUAAACCACAGUGCUUAUUAAAGCAGCAUCACCCUCUGAGCCAGACAAAGCCUGGGCAGAGUUUGCUGAGAAAGGCAAAUAGUGUACCUGAACUUGUCAAGUACAAAUGCAAUGUGCUUAACCUAUCUGUUGCUCUUAGUUUCCCAUGAAGAUCUGAAGGAUUCAUGUCAUUAAGGACUUAAAGUAAAGUAUAUUUUUGUAUCAAACCACAUGGGAGUAUGGAAAGGCUGAAUCUCGUAGUGCAGCCCAAAUCCACUUGGAUCUCCAGAUAGACCAUUGGAGGUACUCAUCUCACAGCAGGGUGGAGGGCAAAUGGACUGCUGCAAGACUUCAUCUCCAUUCCUGGAACAUGUUAUUUUUAAAGGAGGAGCAGGGAUUAUAUUCAUUGUACCAUGCUAAAAGACACAAUGGAAGAAAAGCUGGUGUCUAGGCUGGAUUAUAAUAAACAAUCUUGAUUGUAUCUAGACUAGGGUCAGAAAGGUCCCUAGAUGAUCUUUAGGGCUUGAUUUUUUUUUUUUCCUCCUAGGAUUCUCACUGGGUAGUGAGAUUAAAGCACAGGACAAGCUUCUGAUGGUGAAGGCAGCAUUGAGGGAGCAGAAAGCUGAUGGUCCUCCUCAGGGGCUCAGUGUAAAUGAUAAGUUAUCUAAAAAUAAGGAAUAUUCCUGCCUCUCUAAAAAUAAGGACUAUUCCUGUCUCUAGAAAAAUAAGGUGUACAUAGUUAAUGUAGCAUAUCUGGUCAACAUUGUAUUUGUAUCUAUUUGUAAAAAAAUCAUGUCAUAUUUUAUCAUCUAGAAUUUAUUUGUACAGCAGCUAAAUGGUGUUGUAAAAAGGAAAUAUGGGGGUUGGCUAAAAUACUGUAAAAUAGGUGGCAAUAUUGCUAGAGCUGGGACUCUGGUGAGCAUCAGUCAUUUUUAGUCCCUCUUUGGACCUUGUUGAAAUUUAUAAGAGGUUGAAUGUUUCUAAUUUUUCUUUCCUCUCUCAACCUAAAAGUAGAGCUAUGUGCUCUUUAACUUACUGUAGAUUCAAGCAAUAGAUUUUGAAGUUAGUAAUUGUUAAGCUAGGACACAGACUUCAUUCUCCAAAACCGUUACCUAACUAUACACUAGUCAUUCUAAAUGUUUCACAUAGAUUGCUGUAAAACAUUCCUCAUUAAAAUAUUUUUCCUGAAUGUAAAAGAUAGUCUUCCAAAAGAUAGAAAUAUUUGAGUUCCAAAAGAAAAGCCAUCAUAUCACACGUUUUCAUGCCUGUAAAACAUUUUUAUCCUUCCAGACCCCAAAAUAACUAAUGUCCUACAUUUGAACAUACCCUAUCACUGAUUUGUCAUGAGAGAUGUCCCAUUUUCUUCAGUGCUUCCGUUUUUCCAGCUUCUUGUCUGGUGAGCGGGUAGCUCUGUAGUUGGCUGUUUAUAGCUAGUCCUUUCUUUCAGAUGCAGGUUUUCAUCACCCAGAUACCAAUUGCUAUUGCUCUCAUCUUUUACGAUAUUGACAUGUAGAUUAAGCACACCAAGAAAGGUAGCCAGAAGUUGAAUAUAGAUAUUCAAUAUAUUUAAGAGGAGGAACAACAAGCUGUGAAGUGAUCAGGAAAAGAGCAAAGACUGCUUACUAGAUUGUAUAGACUGGACCCAAGGAAUCCAAAUUGGCCUGCUUACCUAACUUCCUCAGGGAAACAAACAAACAAAUAGAAUUUGGUCUCUUUCUUAUAGGACACCCCCAAGUUGUUCCCAGAGUUUGGAGAUGAUAUCCUUGAGGAUGUGUUGGCAGAUAAUCUGCUUCAAGUUAACUUGAAGGCAUUCUGCAUAUUUGACUAUUGUCCACAAGAGUAGACAUUGUGUUACAUUAUAUUUUUAAAAAUCCUUAAGGGCUAGAGGUACAGCUCUGUGCUACAGAACUCUUGCAUGUGUGAGGCCCUAGGCUCAAUCCCAGCAUCACACACACAAAAAUCAACAUGUGUAUUGCCCUUUAUAGUUUACAAAACACUUUUCUAUGUACAUCCUUAGUUUCUUCUAUGUUUCCUCUGAGGAAGUAAUUUUUACCCAUUUUAUAGUUGAGAAGACUGAGGCACAAAAGGGCUAAAUGUGUUGCUCUGUGACACACAAUGUGUGUCAAUAUUAGGCUUCAAAUUUGGACUCCCAGUUUUGCAGCCUAUAGUCUUUUUGACUGUGCUAAUGCAGAAAUUGCCCAGCCAUAAACACAAGAAGACUGGGAGGAAGAGGCCCCUUUGUGGAUGUAACUAUGAGGUGCAAUUCAGGGUCACAGAGCCAUGAAAGAUUAUGAGGAGAAAACACACACACACACACACACACACACACACACACACACACACACACACACACACGAGAAUUCUUAUCUAAAGCCACUAUUAAUGAUACAAAACAAAAAACAAAGUCCAGUUUAUGCUUUGCUAAGGUGAGCUAAUCCCUCCAAGCAGGGGGAAACUUGCUUUCUCAACAGUUGCUGCUUAGGUGGUAUAAACUGUUCUAAAGGAUUAUGCAAAGUAGCAUAGCCUUUCUCCCUAAUACCUCACCCUCUGGGGAAAAAAAAAAAAGGUCAGGAUUGAGGAUGAUGGGAAAUAAACAUUUGUUAAACACAAGUUAACCCAAUAAAGACAGAGGAGUGUUUAUUGGGAUCCAAAAGCCAAAGCCAAAAUAGGAUUCUGACUAUGCAGAGGUUCCUUGAAACAAACCUGAAAAGAUAAUGCUAAAGUUACAUCACACAGAACAUUUAUAUUUAAGUACUUGCUAACUUUAACUUCGCCUCUUAGGUCAUAUUCGUAAUUUUUCACCAUGGUGGGAAAACUAAGACCUUUGUACUUGUUUAAAAUAAUAUUUCUUAAUGACUUCAGCUUUUUGCUUGUGGAAUAAUUUUGUUCUAAAUAUAAAUCUUGAGUUGCUCUACCCUUGAAGUCAGAUGAGAUAACUGGUAUGAAAUCCCCUGCACAAUUUUCAUUCCUCUGAAGCUAUCCCUUGAAAGAUGGCAUCCAGCAGCCGAACCCCAUCAGUCCUCUAGAAAGCCUAAUAUUGGAAGAGUUGUAAGGGUUAGAAAUACAUUUUUUUAAAGAAAUACCCACGUGAAUCUUAUCAAGAAAUGACAGUUACUGCUAUUAAAUGAUACUUUUAUCUUCACUAAUUCAUUUUAAUAAACCCAUACGCAUUUUUAAUUAACCCAUUUUAGUAAGCCCUUAUGUAUUUCUGAUAGAUGUUUUAGGUAGCGUUAAAUAGGUCUUUGUACUCCCUCACCUCCCUCUUCCCCUCUCCACUUUCUACCUUCCAGGGUUCUUUUUAUUAAUGGGAUUUCUCCAGCUAUACAGAAAAAAAAUAGUAAAAACCCUCAUAUGUAUCAAAGUCCUAUGGACUUAAUGAAUUACUUUUUCCAGGGACACCUGGGUUUUAUGAGAGAACAGAGCAGACAUAGAAUGAGAGGAUAGAGAUUGGGUGGGGGUAAGAGGAGCAGAAUUUGUAUAAGCUUCAAAUUAUAUGGCUGUUCUCUAGUCCCAGUAUUUCCAGGAUAAGUGACUAUUAAGUAAUACUCAGUGAUCUACUAGUUCAUUUUGGUCAACUGAGUACCUUCAAGAUAUUUAGCCCUUGGACUGAAGAAAUGGCUCAAGUGGUAGAACACCUUCCUACUAAGUACAAGACCCUGAAUUCAGACUCCAGUUUUUAGCCCUUAUGCUGUUCUGGAAUCAGAGAGCUAAAGUAGCCAUACUUCCUCUUGUUAGAUUUUGAUCGAACACAGGUUGUUAGAUCAUUUGCCUUGGUUCUAUACCUAUUGUAGGAUAAUAUCCAUACAUGUGAUAAUAUUUAUACAUGUGAACUUGUCAUGACUUACAAUAAAUAUUCCCUGAUAUUUAUAUUUUGAGGUAAGUUAGGUAGGCGUUGAAUUUCACAUCACAAGGGAAGUUCUCUGGCAAAAUAUUAAAAGGAGUAAGAAGCAAACCAGUGUGACCUGUUAGAGCUAAGAAAGUCUUUCUGACCUUCUCCACAAAAGACCUUUUGGUCUGUUAAGAUCUUGCUAGUAAAGAGUUUAAGAGCUAAGAUAGGUUUGGUUUGUGCUGGAGUGUAAUAGGAAGUGAAUGCAUUUUUCUCUUGAACCCUGAGCCAGUGACUAUGCCAAGGGGAAAAGCAGGAAGAACAUACUGAUUCAUCUAAAGAAAUCAAAUAAUAUCAAAUGUUGAAGGUUAUGAUCACUGAAAUGUCAGUGGUUUUGAAUGAUGCUUUUUCUAAGGCAGCUGGGAAUCUUUUUGUGUUGUUGUUGCUAAUGUACAUGCACUAACUAUAGCAGCAGUCCUAGGGUGGGAGCCCAGGGCUUCCGAUUCAAGUUAGUCUAAAAGCUAAAUGAUUUAAAGUCAAGUUUUAAUGCUAGGCACAAGCACUCUGUAAGAAGUUAAAACUUAGCCCAAGCAAUUAGGGAAUGUUUCUGAAACAAUAAACUUAUAUUUAUGUCACUAAAAUUCUAACACAAAUUAAAAAAAACAUGUCUCAUACGUAUGCUCUUCUAGGCUUCAUGAUGCAUUUCUAAAUUUGUGUAUGAUUUGAAUAUAUAAAAGAAUUUAUACAAGAGUGUUAUUUAAAAUUAUUAAUAAAUGUAUAUAAUUUGUACCUAU